AUGAGUUCUCCGGUGAUAAAUCAGGACACGAUCCAAGAGGUUCUUUCUUAUCUUCGGGGGUCCGAAAUCGGAAAAUUGAGGCUCAUCAAUAAAGAGUGCAACAAGAGAAGCUACGAGUCUUGGUUUGUCAACCUAAAUCUCCAUCGAACCAACAAUAUCUCUGGAUACUUCCUAGAACGCUACGAAAGAGGAUACAAACUUGAUACCAGUUUUUUCCAUGAGAGGAGAGAUUUGGAUAACAAAGGAGUCUCCAUCGAUUUUCUGCCACAAGGAGAGGUAAAGAUCAAAGCUUGUGAUGCACGUCAUGGGAUAUUGCUUUGUUAUAAUGAUACAAGACCAAUACCGGAAUACAUAGUCUGCAAACCAACAACAAAACAGUAUCAGAUCAUACCAAACCCAAAAGUGAGGAGUUGUGAUAAGUCAUUAGGUCUAACGGUAACCGGAUUGCAGCCUUUCCGGUAUAAAAUAUUUAGGCUUUCGAAAUCGCCUGGUAUGACUCGGAAUCUCAGAACUUUUGCGUGCGAAGUUUUUGAUUCCGAUUCGUUUAUGUGGAAGAGAUUAAAAAAUUUGCGUCUACCGAGAACAGACGGUCUAAUUCUUUCAAACCCGGUACAAGCUUCAGGGUUCUUGCAUUGGAGAUCAUGGAACCACAAUGUGAUCCGGUUAUGUCCCAAAACCGAAACUUGGUCUUUCUUACAUACUCCAAACGUUGGUUUAUUCCCAGAGUUAGUCAGCUACGAAGGGAAGCUAGGUGUUAUUCGUCACUGGAUAAACAACAAUCAAGAAGAUGUUCACAGAUUAUGGGUUUUAAAGAGCAGUUUUGAAAAGUCGUGGGAAAAAGUGAAAGAUAUUGAAAGCAUUGGAGUAGAGCAUAUUACGUGGAUACCAAGCAACGACGUCGUAAUGCUUUCUAGUUGGGAUCAUGUUUGCCUCUACAACUUAAACACAGAGAAGUUAAACUUAGUUCAUACAAACAAGGAUUUUGCCUCUUACGUUUGUUUCCCCUUUUGUUCUGAUUACGAGAGGGUUGAUCUGGACGGAAGAAGAAAUGGACCGACAAAUGCAAACUAG